AUGGGUUCUGAUCAAGGCUUCCGCGGCGUGGCCGAACAGCACCAUGAAGCAGCGCCAGGCGCUGACGCCCGGGCGCCACCGACUGUAGAUGCUAUGGCUGGACAGCUUCAGCACCAGGAGCUUCUGUCGACGCCGCCAACAAAUCAGUCCGCCUCCGUUCGAGCACCGAAUGAAGCGAUGGAGACCUUCAGCUACCAAGAAUCUGCAAUUGAUCUUGUUGGACUCCAGACGCGACCCAGUUCAGCCGGAUCCAUGCGGCCAACAACAUUUGAUGCCUCCACGGUCUAUCCAGCUGAUAUACUACAAGGCCAAAUGCCUACGAUAGACAUGUUUUCUAGCACCAAUUUUCUAGGAAUGCGCAGUGGGACACGUACUCCACGUGGUCUAAUGGACUUCGGCAUUGAGACCAACCUUGAACUGGAUGAUCUGGACUUCAGCUUUCUCGAAACGUACAACAACCAGAUCCCCUUUCACUUCUCGAGUAUCGGUGAUAGCUUGCCUAAGCACGUCGAGGAUGUUGAGUACGUGCACAGUCCAGUCAAUGGUAUUAUGCCGGCAGCGAAAACCCUUCAGAAAUCCAUCUGGCGAUUUGUUCCGGCUCCACAGGAUCAUGGCGCAGCGGAGCAGCACAACCUCUCGCUCCCGGCGACUGAAAACGAUCAUGACAGUCCUGAGUCUCGUGUCAAUCUGGAUCGGCGAACCACUACAGAAAAAUUGGAUCAGAUGUCUCGGGACAGAAUUUUUGGCAUCGUCCUGAGCAUGUGCAAGCCUUCGGGAUCCCGCACAUUCUCUUCCUUUCCUUCGACUGAAUUGCUGGACAGCCUGAUACAGUACUUCUUGACCUCGCCUCUCUCUGAAGCCGACACCUGGAUACAUGUUCCCAGUUUCCGCCCAAGAACCAAACGGCCGGAACUACUAACUGCGCUAGCAGCGGCGGGAGCUGUGCUGACUCCAGAUCCAUCGUUGCGUAAACUUGGCUUUGCUAUCCAAGAAAUCGUUCGCUUGCACAUUCCCACCUUAUGGGAGGGCGACAACACCGAGAUUCGAAAUCUGGAGCUUGCGCAGGGAUUCAUGCUUCAGCUGGAGAUCGGCCUUUGGAGCGGUAAUAGCCGUAAAAUUGAGAUUGCGGAAAGUUUUCAACAGCCCUUGCUCACUAUGCUUCGGCGCGGCGGCAGCCUUCGACGUUCGAGUUACCCUUUAAUCAAUGUGCAACCCGAUGACGAUGGCCCCGAGCUAGAGAAGAAGUGGGCUGCUUGGGUUGAGCAGGAGUCUUAUAAACGGCUGAUUUUUCAUCUCUUCCAACACGAUGCACAGUCCUCCAUGGCACUCCUUGUUAGUCCUCUGUUCUCGUAUGCAGAGGUCUCCUUACCCUUACCUGAGUCUCGAAAUCUAUGGAUGGCAGCGAAUGCGAAAGAAUGGAAAUCUCUUUACCUAGCCAGCACGAACAACAGCUCAGGCCGGAUUCCGUCCGUUGUCGACUGCAUCCAUGACCUGGAGUUUCUGGAGAGGUUCAGCCAAUCCAUCGAUGAGAAGGCAUCAAACACAGCUUUUCUGCACGCAGCAUGGGGCCUUGUAUGGGAAUAUCGACAGCUCAGUUCCAUUUUACAUGGAGAGUCGCGCCAGUGGGACAGUACGCUGGUGAUGACGUCUCGUUAUCGGGAAUUGAUGAAGCUGCUGCAGUGCUUCCGCAUGGAGUCUCCGGGCUGUAAUUCUCUCCUUCUGGAACUAAUUUUAAUGCAUCUGCACAUGUCGCUCGAGGACGUACAGCUGCUAGCCGGACUGGAGGGCCAGGAGGAAGCUUCGCGGGUUUACCCGUCACUGUGCGAGUGGGUCAAGACCACUGCUUCACAUCAGGCUGUCUGGCAUGCCGGCCAGGUCCUCCGUGCUGCUAAAUCACUGCCCUUCCACCAGUUGCGGGAUUUCUCCGCCAUCGCUGUUUACCAUGCGAGCUUGGCAUUCUGGGCAUACAGCCAUGCGCUUGACAAGGAACCUCAGCCACCGUCUCUGACAGUCACCCCUACGAUGCAAGGCAGUAUGCAAGGACAGCUCGUUUGGCUGGAUGAGGGUGAGACCACGGAGGUGCAGAGAUUCAUCGCGUUGAAGCGUGGCUUCCCGUGCUUGCGAGACCUGCAGCCGUCUUCACCGCCUGUUCCGCUCAAGGAUGCUAGUGCUGUUAUAGCUCUCGUUCUGGGGGUCCUUCACCAGAAUCAUGCCGAAGCUGACAGGCCGAUGCCGCCCUUGGUGGAGAAUCUUAUUAGGAUGAUGGAAGGAUUGCGGGAUACGGUGAGGAUCAAUGAUGGUUGA